CCCCUCCCGACUUCGUCAUGGCCGAUCCACAUCUUUCAUUGAUCUACGCCGUAUUCGCCGCAUGUUUGCCGGCCAUUUACUAUGUUUUUCAGCAGCGCCGCACCAGGUCGACCUUCCCUGUCGUUGAUACCUUCACUGGAAACGUCAAUCGANAAAGAGCCUACUGCGCAUAUCACGCGCGGGCAAGGAAGCUCAUUGCCGAUGGUUUAGCGCGUCAUGGUGGUCCUAUUACCAUUGUCACGCCUAAUGGCCCUAAGGUCAUCCUGCCAUCUUCUCUUACUGACUGGGUUAAAGCGAACAAGGAUCUUGAUCAUCCAGCGCUUGUUAAAGACGAUUUUCUUUCCGGCUAUUCUGGUUUUGAAGCUCAGACGAUCUUACAUGAUGCUGGAUCUCUCGUCACGAAUACUAUCAAGGCAAAGCUCUCCAAGAAUGAGGCUAAUGUUCCUAUCAUCGACAGUCAUCUGGCCGACGCACUAGCCCAGCAUUGGGGAGAGGACAAGUCAUGGCAUUCAAUCGAUUGGCAANAAGACACUACCGGACUCAUCUCUCAGGCCGCCGCAGCUGUCUUUGUUGGCCCCAGGCUGGCUAGGAAUCAGGAGUGGCAAGACAUCACGGUCAACUAUGUUCUCGAUUACUUCACCGCCAUCGGUCAGAUCCGGGAAUGGCCCGCUCUACUAUGGCCAGUCGCUCACCGAUUUAAUCCUCUCUCUAGAUCAUGUCGCCGAUACAUGCAUCGCGCUCGUGUCAUGUUGCAAGAUGAGCUCGUCAAGAGAACGAUAGAAAAGAACACAUCUUCUCCUGCCUACAAUGAUGCCAUAGAAUGGUUCUCUAGGGCUACGAACGAACAAGCUUUCGACCAUGGUGCUGCACAAUUAGCUCUUGCUGUCGCUGCGCUUUUCACUACUUCCGAGGCGCUCAGACAAACGUUAUUGGAGAUCUGCAGGCAUCCGGAGAUCAUCUCACCUCUCCGCGAAGAAGUUCAACAAGCUACAACCGAGCACGGAUGGACUAUGAGUGCUCUGUUCAAGAUGUCAAUGUUAGACAGUGUCAUGAAAGAAGCUCAGCGAACCUUACCAGCUUACGGCAUAAAAGCUUUACGAGACACGAUACUCCCGAACGGCGUCAAGAUACCGCGCGGAACCCACGUCGCCGUUGACGCGUCCCUCAUGUGGAGCUCAGAUAUAUACGCUUCGCCGGAAGAUUUCGACGGUAACAGGUACCUCCAACUCCGUGAAAAGACCGGCAGCGCGAUCUAUUCCUUCGCUGCGUCAAGCAAGGAGCACAUCACAUUUGGCCUCGGCAGAUCCGUCUGUCCAGGUCGCUUUUUCGCCGAUACCGAGCUCAAACUUUGCCUGGCUCAGAUCCUGCUCAAGUACGAUUUUCGUCUGGAAGAGGGAUACGUGUCGAAAUCAAUCUACAUGGGCUUCUACCCUGUUGUUGAUCCAGUUGCUCAGGUAGAGGUGCGCCGGAGGAUAGGA